GGAGAAAAGGUAAUUUUCUCUAAUUUUUCGUGAAUUUAAAAAUAAAAGAAUAUUUUGUGGUAAAAACUUCUUUAAAUUUUAAUUUGUUUAAAAAUAUAUUUGAAUAAUAUAUGUUAAUAAUAAUAUAUUAUUAUUCAAAUAUCAGUUCACCGAAUAAUUUUCAGUACUCUGGUGAGACUUCGCAUAAUUCGCGGAACAAAAGAAAUAAGAAAGCGAAAAAUAAGUGUUCUGUGAUGUAAUGUGAUGUAAUGCCAUUUCAUCGCUUAAAGUUAUGCUUUGGUUAUUCUAUAUUUGAUGUUGUAUUUUCUUAAAUCCGUUCUGCCUAAUUUUAUAUAUCAAAUUACUUUCUUAAUUCUCCAUUAAUACCUUAAAAUUUUUUACUUUCAUUCUGAAGCAUUUUAAAUGAAAUAUUCUUUUUAAAAAUUUUAAAAGAUUUGAUUUUUAUAUUAUUUUAUCCGAUUUGAACAAUUUCUUAAAUAUUAUUUUAAAAAAAUUCAUCAAAUAUUCUUAAUUUAUCUGCCUAAUUUUAUGGCAAUUUACGACUAUUGGUUAAACUAGCUCCACUGGCUUGUCGCAUUGGGUAAUAUGCCAGGGAAUCCCUUGGCGAUAGAGAUAUGGGUAACGGAUGUUCUGUGGUUCACAAGAAAUUCUAUUGCGUGAAACUUUAUAAGUAUUAUCAGUGCAAUGAAUGCUGAUGAUAAUUUGCUUUUGUUUGAACCAGACGAGAAUCUGAAUUCAAUAAUUAAUUUAUAUUCGGAACCAGUUACACCAUAUCGUGUAAAUCUUUCAAAUUUUAGAUUUUUAAAUUUUUUGUUUGGGAAAUUUUAAGAAUUUAAUUUUAAAAAUUUAAAAUAUAUCAAUUAUAGCUUGCUAUUUACCUUUUGAUUCGUACGAUCGAUUCGUGCCAUCGGCAAAAACAAUUUAUCUUGAAAUUCUCUUCUUGUGAAAUUAUUUUAUUAGUUUAUUCAAUAUCAGUAAAAUUUCGCGCCCAGCACCCAGUAAGCCCCAGCAGCCUUUACUCACAUUCCAUUUUUAAUGGCAAGUUGGCAAAGGACUGAACUUAGGUUGUAAAUUUGUUCACAUGUUUUUAUUCCUUAAAGGGUCGAUAAUCAUGGUGCAUUUUUAAUUUAUUUAAUUCAUUUAAUUUAUCAUUAGAAUUCUUUCAAUGCAGUUUUUUAAAAUAAUCUGAAAUAAAUUAAAUCUGCAAAAAAUAUGUGGUAAAUGUCAUUUAUUUCUUGUAGUUAGCAUUAGCAGCCUCUCUUCUAAGUUUUUCGGAAAUUUCUAAACGACGGUGAGUAACUUUUUACAAAAUUAAAUAUUUUAUGAAAUUUUUCCGUGGACAACUUAAUUUAAACAAAAAUUUACUUUUUUCAGCAAAACAUUUUAUUUAGCAAUUUAUUGUGAUCUAUUUUGCUUUUCUUUUGUGUUUUCUUGAAAAAAUUUUUCAUUUAUAGGUGGAUCUCCAGAUAGUUAUGUGGAGAUAAAGAGGUAUGUGAGUUUCCAGCAUCCAUCUGACAGUUUUACAGUUUUUGUCGAACGAUAAAUUAAACCAUUUUCGCCUUUUUAGUCGAAGCAACAUGAGAUUCAGUCAAGUAGCCAUUAUUUUUUUCUUAAUGGCAACUGGAAAAAGUGGUUAGCUCAAAUUUUCUAGUUAAAUUAGCUUCACUAGCGAAUCCGUGAAAAGGAAUCUUCGAUAAUAAAUCUAAAAUAUAUGCAAGAAAAAACAUAUAAUAAGCUCCCAUCGCCUUCUGUGUUUUUGGUUUCGAGUCAACAGUUAAAUCAAGAUGAUGAUUUUAAUUUAUUAUUUUCUUCUCGUCGGAUUCGAGGCUUUAUCGAACAACAGCUGCACUCUAUAUCUGAUUUGGUUGGCUCUACUGGUUCCUAUGACUGAGGUGUUUUCAAAUUUUCGAGUCCAUCUCUGGUCCAUCUGUUCACUUCCAGUUUUCAGAGCUGUAUAACAUAAGGCCCAGCGUAUGUAUAAUUUGCACUCGUUUGGCAUUAAUCGAAAUGAUAUCAAUCAGUUCUUAUCCGAAAGAUUUGUCCUCAAAAAAUUCCACUUUUAAUGAAAUUUCUUGUAAGAUUAUAAUGUCACUACUAAGAUCAAUCGAAUUAAGUAGAAGAUGUGAGAAUCACGAAAGGUAAUUAAUCUUCCCCGUAAGUUGAUAACCUUUAAAUCAGUGUUAAUCUUAAAAUAUUUUUAAACUAUGAAUUAUGAAAUAUUUUCAGAAAUUAUGAAAUAUUUUGUUCUGUUUUUAUCGGGAAUUAUUUAUUAUUAAUAAGCUGUUGAUUUGAGCGUAUCGCAUGGUUUACAACAAUGUGCUAGUGCUGAUUAUGGUUUCGAACGAGGUAUUCAAGCUCGAUUGAUGAAAGAUACUGCACGUGCAACGAUCGCCAGUAUAAAACUGGCAACUGCGAAAACGAUUUUCUUUGGAAAAUAACUGGCAGGUAUUAAUAAAAAAAUAUUAAUAAAAAAAAUAAAUGCUUGGUGCUCAGCAUCUUUGUUUAGGUUUGCUCCAUUGUUAGUAAAUUUUACCAGCGCGUCACAUUGAGGGAUUAUAGAGACCCCAUAAAUAACCCAAAUUUUAUUUUUAACGAGAGUUUUUCUGACCGAAGAAAUUCGUGAAUUUUGGAUCUACUGCAUUUUUUUUGGAUCAUUACACCACGUUAAACUUUGUUUAUUUCUUAAAUUUCUUUUUUUCCGUAAAAUUAUUUUAAAUUUCGUUGUCUUGAAGCAUAAUAUUGUAAUUAUUUGUGAUU